CGGACCAAAUUCAAGAUGCAUUUGAUACCCUAAUGGUAAGUAUGCCUCCAGAGGCAAGUAAAGUGACUCAAUGGUUUGAAAAAACUUAUAUUGGGAUACGGCAAGAUGAUACAAUGGACCGCAACUUACCAUUAUUUCAUCCACAACUAUGGUCGGUUUAUGAAUCAGUAGAGCUGGGCAUUCCACGGACGCAAAACUCCGUGGAAGCCUGGCACAAUAGGUGGAAUACUAUAGUUGGAAGGCCAAAUGUAAGUGUAUAUAUGUUGAUAGAGGAAUUACAAAAGGAACAGCAGAAUGUUGACGAUCAAGUUGUGCGCAUUCUCCAAGGAGAGUCGAGACCCAGACCAAAUCAAUAUUAUAUUGAAAAGGAGAAAAGAAUCAUGGCUAUUUUUAAUGACCAUAAAAAUCGGCCA